AUGGCCCAGCUCCAGGAAAACAUCGAGGGCAUCGUUGCUGCUUUCUACAUGUGCGCCGGAGGCGACGGCAACUGCAGCCCCCUGAGCAGGGAGGAGCUGAGGCAGCUCAUGGAGCUGGAGUUUGCGGACGCGAUGGAGAACCCCCAGGACCCCAAAACAGUCAAGAAGGUGCUGUGCUUCCUGGAUGAUGAUGGCAACUGCAGGGUUGACUUCAGUGAGUUGCUCAGCCUGGUUUUCCGUGUGGCCAAGGCUUGUUACCAGCCGCUCCAGCAGCACCAAGCACCAGAAGAUGGUCAAGAGCUGACAGCGCAAGAGAAGGCAGGUGGGGAGCAGCUGCCAAGGCUGCGUACAGCGGGGAGGGUCUCCCACAACCAGCAGGUCCCCGAGCAGGGUGUGAACAAUCAGAUCCAGGACACUGAGACACAGGACCAGGACACCCAUCAAACCCAGGAGGGUGAGACAUCAAAGCAGGACCAGGACACCCAUCAAACCCAGGAGGGUGAGACAUCAAAGCAGGACCCAGACACCCAUCAAACCCAGGAGGGUGAGAUACCAGAGCAAGACCAGGACACCCAUCAAACCCAGGAGGGUGAGACAUCAAAGCAGGACCCAGACACCCAUCAAACCCAGGAGGGUGAGACACCAGAGCAGGACCAGGACACCCAUCAGGAUGACAGUACUGAAGCACCAGAAGGGGAUCCAGAGAGCGGUGAGAUCCUGGAUCUCACCCCAGAGCAGGACAAAAAUACCCAUAAGGCUGAAGAGUCUGAGACAUCAAAACAGGACCCAAAAACCCACCAGGCCGAAGAAACUGAGGCAACAGGACAGGGUUCAAACCACCAUCAGAGACCAGAGACCGAGUCAGCAGAGCAGGACCUGAAUUGUCCCUCUGAGACACGAGGGAGAGACCCAAACAACAAGAUCCAGGUCUGCAAGGCUCCUCGGCAGGACCCGAACCCCAGCAAGACCUGGAAGCCGCUGCCCCCACAGUGGGGUCAAAGCCCCCAUUGGGAUCCCGAGCCCCAAGGGAUGUGCCAUGACCCGGCUUGCCAUCAGCUCCCUGAAUCCAAGGUGCUGGAGCAGGAGCACAGCGGGGCAGAGGCUCCAUCUUAUCCAGCACAACAGCAGCAAGAUGCUCAUGACCAAAGACCACCUGCUAUCGAGCAACAGCUCCUGCAGUCUCUGUAUCAGUGGCCACCACAGCAGUGA